CGCAUUAUUGUCUACUAUCGUAUCGUAAGUCGGGUUGUGCAUUUUCCGGCUGUUGCGGUCCGUGGUGCGUAUUUCGUCAAACGUGGAAUAAUUAUUCUCGGAUUUAAAGUAUUAAGCUUUAAAUAGAAGUGGUGAGCUGGCGUUCUUCCGAUAAUUGUUGGAGUAGAUCUCCCAAAUUUAACAUUUUACCACGAGUUGCAGCCAAAGGCUGAAAAUUACGCUUCAAUCAUGGCAAAAAUGGCGUUCCAGCACCAAGCGGGCACCGCGAUGGAGUGCUUAAGCAUCCCGAUAACGUUGCAUAAAGAAAAAGACGUUGAUGAGGAGGGUCGAGAGGUACUCAAAUGUGGUUUCAAAAUUGGAGGUGGUAUCGACCAGGACUUCAAGAAAAGCCCUCAAGGAUACACGGAUUACGGUAUUUACGUGACGGAGGUUCAUGAGGGCAGCCCUGCGGCAAAAUCUGGUCUACGAAUGCACGAUAAAAUUCUGCAAUGCAACGGGUACGAUUUUACUAUGGUUACUCAUAAAAAGGCAGUCAGUUACAUUAGAAAAAAUCCUGUGUUAAAUUUGCUCGUGGCGCGGAAAGGUGUGACGUCCACCUAAUAUCGCUGCUGAUUUGAAAUAAGUAGAAACCGUCAUAGGGUAUUUCAUUUGACGACUGUCUCGGUUCAUCGUUAUCACUAGUAGUACUAUCGCUAUCAGCACAGGUAUCUUUAGCUUAAUCUUUAAGGGGGUUGGAUAUGUUGCAGUACAGUAUAGAACGAGCAAAUGUUCAAAAGGCAGUGAUAUAGUUAAGAAUUGACGCAAAUCUGCCAAAUUCCAUCCAUAAGUUAUAGUUGGUUUUAUGUUACUGGGUUCAACGUUAUUUGAUAUAAUGUUUUAUUCCUUUAUUUACAAUGUGUUAUAUAAUACUAGUUUUUAAAACAUACAAUUAAGAAAUCCAAUUUAUGAUUUACGGUAGGUAAUCGUAGGUCAUGUAAUAUUUCCAAUACUGUAUGCUAGGGUGCAUGAUUCGUCAAGAAGUUACUGAUAACUAGCGGUCACCAUUCGACUCUAGACUAAAAACCAUGUAUGAUGGUAGUAUAGGAUUCAUUCUGUUCUGUUCAAAAAUGUCAUCCAUCUUCAACUGUAAUGUCAUUUGAGAAAUAAGGUAGUCAGGGAUUUGGGAAACAGGCUCUUCGAAUUCGAGUUUGUAGAUUUUUGAAUCCGUAAUCCCUACGGAAAUGAGCUCAUAAUUGUAAAUAACAUUGAAGAGAUUCGAACGUCCAUUUUCGGGGACACACUUGUUAUAACCCAUUGCAUCGACGCUUAAACCAUAACAUUAUAUCGUAAGUAAUGUUUAGAAAAUUUAAGUUUUCCAGCACGAGUAUAUUGAAGUUCUCGAACAAAUUCCAAAGCAAAUUCUGAAAUCUCAAUCAAUUCUUAGAUGCAAUUGUUUUUGUUGGGGUAUAAAUGGACGAUCCGGUAGUUAUUUGCAAAUGUUGAUGAAAUGGCCCAAUGUAUGCGAUAGAAACUAAUGAUAAUUCGAUUUCUGUUGACAUAAUUUAUCUAUCGCCUACACAGGGAUUCCAUUGCAAAUGGGACUAUUUGACAACACGACAGAACACUGAUAAAAGAACAUUUCUAUACAACAUAUGUUAUAUGUUGUUCGGCUCUAAGUUACUGUUGUGUUACGAUGUUACAUGGAUAAACGUAUCUAUCUAACACGUUGUGAGUUGUACAUAGAUAUAUAUUAAACAAUGUGCAAAUGCACGUAAAUAAAUCGUUGCGCAUUAUGUUAGUUACGUCUUUCACUGUGAUGUAUCUACAAAAUACUUCAUAUUAUUUUAUGAUUUUUGCUUGCUUUUAAUGAUAAAACAUGCUGCUAAACGUAUCUGUACAGUCGCAUAGGUACAAGACGAAUUAGCUGGCACGACUUUAUUAAUUUACUCAUUUUUCGCUUGUGAUGCCUUACCGCAUUGCUCUAUUCGCUGUGGUCGGAAAUGCAGUGUGUAACACUAUACUUUCAAAGUAGAGAUGUUUGUGUUGCCAUUAUGUUUACUACCAUAAAUUUCAAAUAUCGUUAUUAUACAUUUUAUACAUUUACUGCCCAUUAAAGCAUAACAGUCCACUAUGAGUUUUCAUGUGAAUUAUAUUGUGGAUCAGCUUAUAAUUGCAAUCUACAAUUGAUACUAACAGCUUUGUUAAUAUUACGAAAAAUACCAAAACUAGUUUGUCUUAUGCAUAAGACUCAAUGAAAAAAUAAAUUUUCGGCAGCGGUUUUUUCUCGGUUUGCUGUGUUUCAUUGUAGGACUUAUAUGCAUUAGGCAGUUUAGGUACUAAACAUUUACGACCAGUUACCUCAUUGUAUUUUCAAUUUAUACCGUGUACGUACCAUACUCUGCGCAGUUUAGAAAUUUUCAAGUUUUUUUUCCUAUAAAAUUCAUCAAAAAUAUGUAACGCUUCUGUAAAAUUUGUUUUCACAGUAGGAUUUUGACUGCCUAAUUAUAUAGAAGUGAUUGUAGGUAAAAUAUUGCACAACAAAAAAAAAUUGAGAGAUGAGUCAAUAUCUUGUACCUAACUUCGCGCGGAGUGCACCUAACCUUGCGCAUAUUUAUAUAUUCCUUGUUUUGACGUGAGUCCUUGUUUUUUCCUUUUUCAAGGAUUUUUAUGAUCGUGUCCACUAGAAAAGGGACAGAGAAAGAAUGACCGGAAUGGUGAGAAUGAAGAAACGGUGAAAAUUCACCUUUUAUCGGAAACGCUGAGAAAAGAUAUGUCCUCAAGCAGGAAUCGAACCUGCGAUCUCAGUCUCUAGCUGGGUGCGUUAAUCACUCCGCCAUCGAGGAACUGUGAUGAUGUCAUCACAAAUUCCCAACAGUAUCGUGAUCACCGCCACAGCCUCCAAUACCUCCUAAUUGACCUAUCGACUCCCAAUGUCUCCUAUAAGCAGAUCGUCACCUCUCCCUCUCAUCGAUCGGGCCAAAACUCUCUCGUUAUCUAUUAAUCUAUUAAUUAUUCCGCUUAAUGCAUGAGUUUUACUGACAUACAUCAUUGAUGUCCCCGUGACCGUCAUCAUUAUAUUGCGAUAUGCUAGUAUGGUGGCCGUAGUGUUCUAGCAGAUUUUUGUUCAAAUUAUAACACAAGUAUUUUAAACAUGUUGGUUCGAACUUGGAUAGCGGAAUAAUAACUGGUAGAAAAGUUGCAGGGAAAUUAGUAUUCGCGGACAUUACAGUUACCAGCGCUCUGAUUUGCUUAAUAGUCGAUUGAUCUGCUUUAGACAUACGGGACCCAAGAGGAGAUCAGGAAAAAAAACAGAAGGGGAGUCAUUGUGAAGUUCUAGAUGCAUAACUGACGACGCUGUACGCGUUGUUGGGAGCACGAUACAUUGGCCUAUACAAAAUAGAGAUCUUGGCGUUACACACUUCGAGACAAACAGGCGCAAAAUUUAGUCUUCCUCCGAGGAGCGGUGUUUACUUGGCAGAUAGUCGCCACUUCAUCCGAUGUUGCAAAAUUUUGACUCGCGGGACGGACCGAGAUCCGUAAGCUAUAAGCUGCAGUCCUAUCAGCCUGCUAAAAAACAAAAUAAAAUGAAAAAUGUGCCAGAAUAUGCUUAAAUGUUACCUGCAGUGCUCAAUCACUGAAAAAUAUGACGGAAUAAAGGUUUUUUUUUUUACAAAAAGAACAUUCUUAGUGAAGUGUCCACUCACUAUUGUUCAUAUGAAAAAAAAAAAAAAAUGUUGACGUGGUUUAUUUAUUGAUCUUAUAUGAAUGAUUGUUCAUGAUACAUACACGUCAAGUAUUAUUGAUAAGUAAACAUUUUUUUGUCAUAGGUGAUAUUCUCUCUUACUGUUUAAUUGUUUAUGAUCGUGAUAGUAAAAAUGCGCAGAAGUUGGAGCUGCGCGAAGAUAAGUGCGUGCACGGUAAAACAACUAUAAAAAUUAGUAUAUACAUACUCUGCCGCUAGAAGCAUAACUGUCUCAUGUGU